AUGGCCUCCAAUACAGGCUCUCUCUUUGGAGGAGCAUCCGGCCUUGGCUCGGCAAUGAACAAACCUAGUCUCUUUGGAUCUACCAACACCGCGACAAGUGCCUUUGGUACCACGCCUGCCGCACCAGCCCAGACGACGCAGACAAGCUCACUAUUCGGUCAGAGCCAGGCGCAGCCUCAGUCCACGGCUCAAUCUUCGUUGUUUGGCCAGCCUCCGGCACAGGCUCAACCCACCACUCAAUCCUCGUUAUUCGGUCAGAGCCAAGCGCCCGCGCAGCAACCUGCUCAAUCCUCCCUGCUCGGUCAGCCUCAACAGCAAGCUAACGGCGCACAAGCUUCUGGUCCAGCGGCGGCGCAAGCAACCCAGCCAGCAUUCUUCAAGAGUCUCCUUGAACGUGGCAAGAAGCGACCCUUAUCUGCGGCCGUGCAAGGAAGCAACUUUGAAGAUGUCCCGAAUCUUCAAUUGGGCCUGGACGAUAUUCGCAGAAAGGCCAGAGAGCUUGGAUCUGGUGGGAGCAAGGAUCCUCUACAGCCGGGUGUGACUAAGAAGGCUCAUUACCUUCUGGCUUCGUCCGGUAUUUCCCCCGGACAGGCUUUGCGAGACCUGAGAUCGCUUGAUCCCCAAGCUUCUGUGGCUCCAGUCCGAGAGGCAGAUACAUUCGACCCCGAUAACCAACGAUUUUUGCGAAACAUCCAACAGCGAGGUCGGCAGGUGAUGAUCAAUGAGAGUCUCUCCCGCGCUCAGCGUGACUUUGACGCGUUCCUCGAGGACAAGCUCGAUAUGGACUGGGAGGAGCAGCGUCAAAAGAUCUUCCAGCACUUUGGACUUGAGAAGGACGCAGGUAGUGGCGAGGAGCUCAAGUCAACAGUGCGCGGUGCUUUUGGUCGCUCGGCGAGACAGUCCAAGGCUCCUGGCGGUCCUGCUGCCUCGCGCAGGAGUAUUUAUGGCCGCUCGGGCUUGGACAAGUCUGUCAUUGGGACUCCUGGAGCUGGCCUGGCCAGUCGCCAGUUGUUCGAGCCUCCUACCGAGCGCGCCGAAGGAGCUUCACCUUCCUCGCCUGAUUCUCGCUUCUUGCGGGAAAAGAUGGGCUGUUACGCCGAAAAGGUUCAAGACUUGAACUUUGCUCGACUACAGGGCAAGACAUACCCCGUUUUGGGUCAGUUCAUGGAAGUUGAGAUGUCGUCAGGCGGAGAUGUUCCUCAACAGUUGAUUUCAGCAUAUCGGGCACUUAUCAACAUCGUCCAAGAGAGCCCAGGUAUCACGGACAAGAGCGACCCCCGCGCAGUCAGGGAACGACAAUUUGCAUCCGAGUACCUGGACGAGUCCCCCAAAUCUCGUAGCUCCAUUAAGCUGAAAAACAAGAUCCUUCAGGGCACACGGACUUAUCUGGAGAAAGCCUUCUACAGCGAAGUGGAAAAUGCCAUUGCCAAGAACCCCCGUGAAGCCCAGCUGGGUGGCAUUCCUAGCACCAUCAACAAAAUCCGAGCUUACAUUCGUCUUCGCGCUGCUAGAAAAGAUCUGGCUCCAGAUGGUACCGAGCUGCAGACGGUCGAUGAUGAUUACUGCUGGAUCCUGAUCUUCUACCUGCUGCGCUGUGGUUUCGUUGAAGAGGCGGCGAGCUACGCGGCCUCAAAUCAAAGCUUCCGAUCACUUGAUCAAAAGUUUGUGACAUACGUGACAUCUUACGCGCGUGAUAGGCGUCUUUCGCGAGAGAAUCAGCAGAAGAUCAAUGGCGAGUUCCAACAACGAUCGCGAAAUGCGCCCGAGAACACCGUUGAUCCUUACCGUAUGGCCUGCUACAAGAUUAUCGGUCGCUGUGACUUGUCCCGUCGUCGUCUGGAAGGGAUCAAUCAGAGCGUCGAGGAUUGGAUGUGGCUCCAAUUCAGCCUCGCGCGGGAAGACGACCGCGCCGAGGAGGUCGCGGGUGACAUCUUUGGACUGGAGGAUAUUCAAACAGACAUCGCGGAAAUUGGCCAGAGAGUCUUCAACAAGAACAACGCUCAAGACUCACCGGGCGGGUACGGUACUUUCUUCUUGCUACAGAUCUUGGGCGGCAUGUUCGAACAAGCUGUGGCCUAUCUGGGCACUUUUGCUCCCGUGACUGCGGUUCAUUUUGCUGUCGCAUUAGCUUACUACGGCCUGUUGCGCGUCUCGGACUUUUACACUUCUGGCGAGGAAAUUUUGUCAUUCUCGGUGAAGCAAUAUCCUCAGAUCAACUUUGGUUAUCUGAUCACUCAGUACACCCGGGAAUUCCGAACGGGCUAUGUCGAGGCCGCCGUUGACUACUUCACUCUGAUCUGCCUGAAUGCAGAUCUCGGCGGGAAUCUUGGCAAAUCUCAGGCAUCAGUCUGCCACGAAGCCCUUCGUGAGUUUAUCCUCGAGACCAGGGACUUUGCCAAGCUGUUGGGCGACAUUCGCGACGAUGGCACCCGCAUCAAGGGUAUUAUUGAGCAGCGCCUUGCAUUGAUCAACCUCUCCGAUCAGGAGGACUUCCUGAAAAAUAUUACGGUGCAGGCCGCUGGUGUGGCAGAUGACAAGGGCUUGAUCACCGAUGCAGUUCUGUUGUACCACCUCGCGGAAAACUACGAUCGCGUCAUUGACAUCAUCAACCGUGCCUUGUCCGACGCCAUCGCUAUGGACUUGGGAGCAAGCAUGCCUAAGCUGCAGCCUCUCCGCCCACGAGUGCAAGAGGGACAGUCUGGACCCGCCGAUCCCGGUAGCAGCCUGAGCUUGACCGCCGUUGAAGAUCCCGUUGAGUUGGGUAGGACCAUGAUCGGCCUCUACGAUGGGAAGCCGAUGUACUACGAAAAGAUCCGGCCUAUCAACCGUGAUUCGUGCGGCCUCCUGCUCCGUAUGCUAACGGCCAAGUACGAGGUUGAAGCUGGACGAUGGGCCCCCGCUCUUGAUUGCAUCAACGCCUUGAACAUCCUGCCUCUGCAGGCGCAAGGUCAAAUCCAGAACAUCCGCAGCGCAGCUCAAAACUUCUCAUCUCUUCCCGAGAUGAUCUCUCGAAAUGUCGGACAUGUCAUCAUGUGGAGCAUCACAUGUAUCGGCAACGAGCGACAUCGCCAGACGAGCGGUCCCUACGAGACUGACAUGCACCAAGGCUUCGCAGACCAACUAUUGCAAAUGGCCAAGGAUCUCAUGAUCUUCUCCGGUAUGGUCAAGUAUAAGCUUCCUCCCAGGGUGUAUGAAGCUCUUGCCCGGGCUGGCGCGGAGAUCGGUGCAUACUAG